CAGGCAACAAUGUUCCAAUAAUAAACGCGAUACAUUUCUAUAUUCAGCGGUCUGAAUUUUGUGCACCACUGCUCCUCUUGGCUGACUAUAUGUAUGUCAUAUUACAACAAGGCCGACCAGAGCAGAGGAUAACCACUGAAGCUUGCGGAUUAUUUGUCUACUUUUCACAUUCUGGAGAAUUUAGAUUAAAUCUGUGUGUCGAUAUCACUAGUUUGUGACCGAGUUGAGUUAAUUCAGCGGUUUAUAUUUCGCUCUACGGUUGAGACGCCGUCGUGUUGUUUUCAUCAAGAUCAAGAACACUGACUGCAUCAUCAUGUUGAAAUCGUUUUAACUGACGUGAAUGUAGAUUACAGCUGUCUGGCAUCUAUUCCAUCCACGCUCUGGCUGCCUCUGCGUUCUAUCAAUAGGGAUGCAUCUAUUGAUACUUAGUUCCAUUUGAUAGGUGUGUGUGAUGGUAGUGUUCGGUGUGUGAGGCCUGUGAGAGGAGACCCACUGCCUCCUCCCCUUCAGGAUGUCUGAACCCCAGACACCAACAUGGCCACAGGGCACAGAGUGUGUGGCCAAAUACAACUUUAAGGGCACCACAGAGCAGGACCUGCCCUUCAACAAAGGAGAUGUCUUAACCAUAAUCGUGGUGACUAAGGACCCGAACUGGUACAAAGCCAAGAACACAGCAGGUCAAGAAGGCACCAUCCCAGCUAACUAUGUCCAGAAGAGAGAAGGGGUGAAGCAAGGGGGCAAGCUGAGUCUAAUGCCAUGGUUCCAUGGUAAGAUAACUAGGGAGCAGGCUGAGUGUCUCCUGAUCCCCCCAGAGAUGGGUCUGUACCUUGUGAGGGAGAGCACCAACUACCCUGGGGACUAUACUCUGUGUGUGAGUUGCGACGGCAAGGUGGAGCACUACCGCAUUGUCUACAAGGAGGGAAAGCUCAGCAUCGACGAGGAGGCGUUCUUCGAGAACCUCAUGCAGCUUGUUGAGCACUAUACCAAAGAUGCAGAUGGUCUCUGCACCAAACUGAUCAAGCCGAAGCUGGAGGAGGGUACUGUGGCAGCCCAGGAUGAGUUCUCCAGGAGCGGCUGGGCUCUCAACAGGAAGGAAAUCAAUAUCCACCAGUCCAUUGGGAAAGGAGAGUUUGGAGAUGUAAAGGUGGGAGACUACAGAGGGACCAAAGUAGCGGUGAAGUGUAUCAAACACGAUGCUACAGCACAGGCCUUCAUCGCUGAAGCUUCAGUCAUGACGCAACUGAGACACAAUAACCUGGUCCAGUUGCUAGGUGUCAUCGUUGAGGAGAAGGGAAGCCUGUUUAUCGUCACUGAGUACAUGGCCAAGGGCAGUCUAGUGGACUACCUACGCUCCAGAGGUCGGACAGUGCUGGGUGGGGAUUCCCUACUCAAGUUCUCAGUUGACGUGUGUGAGGCCAUGGAGUAUCUGGAGGCCAAUAACUUUGUCCACAGAGACCUGGCAGCCCGUAAUGUUCUGGUGUCAGAUGAUAACAUCGCCAAGGUCAGCGACUUCGGCCUGACCAAGGAGGCCUCCUCUAAUCAGGACACAGCCAAACUGCCCAUCAAGUGGACCUCACCAGAGGCCCUAAGGGAAAAGAAAUUCUCCACCAAGUCAGACGUGUGGAGCUAUGGGAUCUUGCUGUGGGAGAUCUACUCCUUUGGACGAGUGCCUUACCCCAGAAUUCCUCUAAAGGACGUGGUACCACGCGUGGAGAAGGGCUACAAGAUGGAUGCCCCAGACGGUUGUCCUGAGGUGGUGUAUGAAGUCAUGAAGCAGUGCUGGACCCUGGAUCCCCUGGUGCGGCCAUGCUUUAGAGUCCUCAGGGAGAAACUGCAGCAUAUCCUAGCCAAGGAGCUCUACCUGUGAUGGAAUAGGAAGAGGUGGUGAAAGGGGAAGUGGACAAGGAUGGCUCUCCUUUCAUUGAGGGAGAAAUAGGACGGUCAAGGAUUGCUCUUCUUUCAUGAUGGGACCGAAAGCCUGACAUUAUCAAGACCUCAGAGAUCCUCCUUCCUCUCUUAUAAAAAAGUUUUUGAUUGACAUUAGAUUGUGUUAAAGUUUACUUGUUUUAUAAUUUCUCAUUCUGUUGAAAUGUUGUUGCCACGUGUUGGCAUUUCCACUUUUUUUUUACAUUUUCACAUGGUCCUUUCCAGCACAGUUACAGGAAAGAUGACGGAUACGUAGCCUGGCCGGUGCAGUUCGGCUUGGCUCGGCUAGUGUGAAUCAACCCCAAGUCAGGCAAUACACUUCCCGUGUCCCUGCUCUCUACCCAUACAGUGUAAGAUUGUUACCCCAGUUAAAUACGAUCUGUGCCAAAUGCCUCCAGAACGAACACAGGGCUAUCCCCACAGAUACUUCACUCCUCCUCUACACGCUUGCCUUUUUAUUUUUUAUUUUUUUUUGUUUCUUUUAUGUUUUAUGCAUUUGUUUGUUACACAUCCUCCUCUCUUAUUGCCACAAGUGUUCAUCUCACAUUUAACAAACUGGAAAGCAGAAUAAAUCCUCCACUAAAAAGUUGCUGAAUUCAACAUUUCAGGACGACGUGUAACAUGACGGAGAGAUUGAGAUUGCAUGGAUACAGAGGGAAAAGAAGAAGCCAUUCUGGAGAGAGAAACUAAGGGCAAGUGUAACAGAUAAACUAAGGGCAAGUGUAUAGAAAUAAUUUAAAUGUAACAUGUACAUGUGAAAACAGUUCAGAAAUGAAAGCUGAAGGGAACCAUGCAUGUGGAACGAGAAGCCUUUUUUGUACCUUUUAAAGUUGUUUUUACUUUGCUGCCGUUAUGAUUAAAUCAUUCUACUUGAAAAAGUUUUGAAAAAGUU